CCCUCUCCCCCUCUCUCUCCUCUCUCUCUCUCAGUCUCCAGUGCGUAAAAUGGCGACGGCAUCGCCCGGUGCGAUCUCUGUGGCUUUGCCUCAACUGCUGCUCCUCAGCCUCGUCGCCUCCUACAGCUUCCCCUCCAACUACACGAUUCAGUACUGGGCUGGGAGGAUCGAACAGGAACUAGAUCGAGUCGUCCGGCAGGUCAGCGGGAUAAAAGAGCUCAAAACGCUGUACAAUGACCAUAAGCACCUGUUUGAGAUUAAGCAGAACAAUGCCAAGCAGUUGGUGGAAAGAGUUGCGGGUGAUAUCGAAAAACUCUUAGCCAAGAAGGUGGAGGCUCUUCAGAGACUGGCUAAGGCUGCAGAGGAGUUUCAGAGGGAACAUCGAUGGCAAGAUGACGUGAAGGAGGGUGACAAAGAUGAGGACGGUUCAGACGUGGACCAGAUUAAUCCGUUACAGUUAGAAUUCGUGGACGAUCCGAACUUCAAUGUGAAGGUCAAUUAUUCGUACACCGCAGUGCAGAUCCCAACUGACAUCUACAAGGGCUCGACGGUUAUCCUGAAUGAGCUGAACUGGACUGCUGCGCUGGAAGAUGUCUUUAAGCGUAACCGAGAUGAGGACCCCUCGUUGCUCUGGCAGGUGUUUGGAAGUGCCACAGGCGUCACCAGAUACUAUCCAGCUACGCCAUGGAGGCCACCUAAUAAGAUUGAUCUGUAUGACGUCCGAAGGAGACCCUGGUACAUCCAGGGAGCCUCUUCUCCCAAGGACAUGAUGAUUAUAGUGGAUAUAAGUGGCAGUGUCAGCGGGCUCACCCUCAAGCUGAUGAAGACUUCUGUCACUGAGAUGCUGGACACACUCUCCGACGACGAUUACGUAAAUGUCGCAUCAUUUAAUAAUGAAGUCAGUCCCGUGUCUUGCUUCAAGAACCUGGUUCAAGCCAACGUACGUAACAAGAAAGUUCUGAAGGAUGCCGUAUUCGAGAUGAUCGCCAAAGGAACAACAGAUUACACAUCAGGAUUCGAAUAUGCCUUCCAACAGCUGAAUGCCACUGUCCCCCGUGCAAACUGCAAUAAGAUGAUAAUGAUGUUCACCGACGGUGGAGAGGAUCGAGCUCAGGAAAUCUUUGAGACGCACAAUUGGCCUCACAAGACGGUGCGAGUAUUUACUUUCUCAGUUGGGCAACACAACUACGACGUCACACCUUUGCAAUGGAUGGCGUGUGCCAACAAAGGAUAUUAUUUUGAAAUUCCUUCCAUCGGAGCCAUCCGAAUCAACACCCAGGAAUAUCUGGACGUGUUGGGACGCCCCAUGGUGCUGGCAGGAAAUGAAGCCAAAAAUGUGCAGUGGACAAAUGUCUAUCAGGAUGCUCUGGGCCUUGGACUAGUAGUUACAGGAACGAUGCCGGUCUUCAAUCUUACAGUGGACAAUGGCCAACAGAAUCAGCUAAUUCUUGGAGUGAUGGGGAUUGAUGUCUCUCUCAAUGACAUCAAGAAGCUCACCCCUCGUUACAAUUUAGGGGCCAACGGAUACUUUUUUGCCAUUGAUCCAAAUGGGUACGUCCUCCUCCACCCCAACCUAAAGCCGAAGAUUAUAAAUUUCGGUGAGCCUGUUACUCUGGAUUUCCUGGAUGCUGAACUAGAAGACGCAAACAAGGAAGAGAUUCGGAAAAAUAUGAUUAAUGGGACAAGUGGAUAUCUUACGACCCGAACUCUUAUCAAAUCCCUGGAUGAAAGAUAUAUUGAUGAGGCAACUAGGACAUACACUUGGUCCACAGUGAAAAGUGCUGAUUACAGUCUGGCUCUCGUGUUACCAUCCUACAGCUCCUAUUACAUCAGCGCCAAGCUUACCGACCAGAUCCUGCAAGCUCAGUAUUUUGAAUCCCUGUUACCCAGCUCCUUUGAGACCGUGGGACAUGUAUUCAUUGCUCCCAGGGAAUACUGCAAGGAUCUCGUCAAGUCAGAAAACAACACAGAGUUAUUGCUCAAUUUUAUCAAUCUGAUGGAUAAGUACACCCCUGACUCCAAGAACUGUGAAUCUGACCUGAUCUACAACCUGAUACUGGAUUCCGGGAUCACAGCCAAACUAGUAGAUAAAGUCUGGAAGAAUUAUGACUUGCACACGCUGGGCUUACUCGCCGUUUUUGUGGCCACAGAUGGAGGAAUCACAAGAGUUUUCCCAGCAAAGGCAGCAGAAGAAUGGAGUGAAAGUCCAGAGCCCUUCAAUGCAAGCUACUACAGAAGAAGUCUAGACAACAAUGGAUUCCUCUUCAGUGCACCGUACAGAGAACCUAAUAAUGUGGAUCUGAUGGAUCUGAUGAAUAACAGCAUUGGGAUCCUGGUGAGCGCUGCUGUUAACCUCAGCAUCUACGGAAAGUCUCUGAAACCUGCAGUGGUUGGAGUGAAGCUGGAUUUCGAAGCGUGGGUCUCCAAGUUUAAAAUCUUAGCGAGUAAUCAAACCGACCCCGAUCAGAUUGAACCACGAAAGUGUGUACCGUCUUCAGACUGCGAGAUGGAUUGUGAUGUGAACAGCGAGGAAUUGCUUUGCGUGCUAAUUGAUGAUGGAGGCUUCCUGAUCAUGUCCAACCAGCCCGAACACUGGAGCCAGAUCGGUAUGUUUUUCAGCGAGGUCGAUGCGAGUUUGAUGAACACCCUCUACAACGGAUCGUUCUACACGAGGAAGGAAUCAUUUGAUUAUCAGUCUGUCUGUGGUCCUCCCCCUAACAGUGACACAGGGGCAGCACCCAGAUCCGUCUUUGUCCCUACAGUUGCAGAUCUGUUGAACCUGGCUUGGUGGAGCUCAGCUGCUGCUUGGUCAUUAUUACAGCAGUUUUUCUACGGCUUUACCAUCCAAACGUGGUUCGAAGCAGAUGAUGCUGUAGCAGACGGCGUGGAAGCUAAAGAGACGAGUUGCGUCACAAAGCAGACACAGUACUACUUCAGCAACAACAGCAGAUCCUACAGCAACAUAAUCGACUGUGGCAAUUGCUCCAGGUUUUACCACGCACAGAGGCUCGCCAACACCAACCUGAUCUUUGUGGUGGCGGAAAAGUUGAUGUGUAACCAAUGUGACCAAAGCAAGCUCAACCAAGCUGAAGUCCGAUCUGAUGGACCCGAACAGUGCGACCAGGUGCUGAAUCCUCGGUAUCGAAAAGGGCCCGAUGUCUGUUUUGAUUAUAAUCUAGCAGAGGAUUCCUCAGACUGCGGUAGAGGAGCCAUGUUGAAGCCCUCCCUCUGUAUCUUACUAGCUCUUCAGAUGCUGCUCCUCUCUUGGACUGCCUAUCUCAACCUCUCUCCCUGGGCCUGCAGCCUUUGAUUUAGGACCUUCUUGUAACUAGAUAUCAGUUGUGUGAUUCUCAUAGAUGAGGACUUCCCUGCCCUGGAAGCCUGAAUUCUCCUUCAUUCCAGUCUCACAUAUCCGUGUUGUUUGUGUGGUGGAGCUGCAAACUGUGUGUGUGGAGCUGGUUUUAUUGUGCUCGUUUGAACAACCAGUAUUUUCCUGGCAAGAUAAGUCAUGGGGAGAGAGAGCAGGAUUUUGUGACGAUUCUGCUUCUUUUGGGACGAAACCUUGACUUGAAUAAUAUCU